UUUCCCUUUCCACUCAGUCACAUGACCUGGAUCAAGUCACCUGAUCCUUUAGGAAACUUCUCUGGAACCCGUGGUGGUCACCAUAACGAGCAGUAAUUAAUGCUUCCAAGUUCCAACGACAAAGAUCCGCCCCUCCGGCUAAUCUCCGACUGAUAGCUCCUCCCUCCGAGCCCAAUAGCCGCCCGUGUGCGCUGUACUCCCAAUCUGAGGGGCGUGGCCAGGCUGAUUGCCGGGCAGUCACUGAUUACUGACCAGUCACAUGGGAACUCCCUGUGAAAUAAUCCCUUUACCGAUCAGUGUAUUGUGUGCGAUAGGGUGGCGUCAGCCCUUGUAGUUUGUCCGAAAGCAUGUGUCUGAUCCAGCCGGGGAGCCGCUGCAUGCCCAACUAACCUCUGACACCCGCGCUGGCUGCCCUUGUGGUGGUAAAACAGGCAGACCUUCCUCACCCCCACCCCCACCCCCAGUAUACCUUUCCAUUGCACAGCAUGGAGUACUUGCUCCAGGUAAAGUUGGGCUGUCUGUUUGGGCUGCUGCUUCUUACCCUCUUUUUUGGUUUGGUGCCAUCCAGAAUAAAAUGUUUCCAAGCCACAGCUGGAAGAGAGACUCACCAAAUGUGGUUGAGUUUUACCAGCUGCAUAGCGGGGGGAGUGUUCCUAUCUGCCUGUCUGUUGGAUAUUCUUCCUGACUUCUUGAGUGACAUGAACGAAACAAUGCAGAAACUACAAAUAACAACCGAUUUUCCUCUACCAGAAUUCAUCCUGGGGAUUGGGGUCCUCCUGGUUCUCAUUGUAGAACGCAUUGUCCUAGAAUGCAGUCAUGGGAUGACUGAAGAGACCACCCCACUAUUAUCUGGGUCCUCCAAUUCUCCAGCCGUUCAGGGGCAGUCACACAAGCACUCGCACACUAGCCUAGAUCGUGAAGUAGAAAUCUCCAGGCGCCAUUUCCACGUGGACUUCAAUGCUCACUCGUCCUUCCGCUGCUUUAUCCUCAUGAUGUCACUCUCCCUGCAUUCGGUCUUUGAAGGGAUUGCCAUUGGACUACAGAAUGAGCAGUCCGAGGUCCUACAGAUAGCUGUUGCCAUUCUCAUCCAUAAGAGUAUCAUUGCGGUGAGCCUGUCCUUGCUCUUAAUGCAGAGCAAUGUGCAGACACGAUGGUUUGUGCUUUCAAUAGUCAUGUUUGCACUUAUGUCCCCACUUGGAAUUGGCAUAGGGAUCGGGGUGAUGCAGAAUGAAUCCAGUGGGAGCAGCCUGGUACAGUGUGUACUGGAAGGUUUGGCUGCUGGGACAUUUAUUUACAUUACUUUUCUAGAGAUCUUGCCACACGAGCUGAACUCUAACAAAUGGCGCCUGCCUAAAGUCAUUUUCAUCUUGCUCGGCUUCUCUGGAAUGGCAGGACUGAGAUUUUUAGGUUGAUCUUGGAGCAUUUCCGUUCGUGUUUUGACCAUUUGUUUAUACUCUGUUAUUAUGAAAGACUCUGAGGAAGCUAACAUGUUUUUAUUUCUUUUAAAUAGUAUCAUUGCUCUAGCUCCUGUUCUGUGUACUUCUUUUCAAGCUUCCAUGUAAAUCGACCUGAGGAAAACAUAACAGAUCGUCCGCCACACGGGAUCUACUGUGUAAAUAUUUUCAUAUGUUGCUAGCAGUAACACUAAUUCUGAGUAAUUUUUUUUGCAGAUUUUUAUACCUGUUCAUUUACAUUUUUAAGUCCAUCAAAGGAAAAUGAAAUCCUGAUCGUACAUUUCAUGCUUUACAGAAAACCAUCUUGCACUUCCAGAGACAAUAAUUAUAAUAGUAACUAAUAAAAUGGAAUUUUAUUCUC